GUGAUAACUGAUCAGCGAUCAGCGAAGUCAAAGGCGGAACAGCGAAGACCAUCCAUCCAAAAGCACACGAGAGAUAGCAGCCAUGGCUUCCCCCAUUCCUCAUGCAGUACUAAUCCCCGAGCCAGCCCAAGGCCAUGUAACCCCACUCCUACAGCUCGCCAAGAUCCUCCACCAUAGAGGCUUUCACAUCACCUUCGUCAACUCCGAAUACAACCACCGCCGAUUUCUGAGGUCCCGCGGCCCCACCUCACUCGACGGCGUCGCCGGCUUCCGCUUUGAGGCAAUUCCCGACGGUUUACCAUCGUCGGAAGAUGACGACGUCACACAAGACAUCCCGCAGCUGUGCCUAUCGCAGGCAAAGCACUCUGUUGCCCCUUUCAGGGAGCUGUUGCUGCGGCUAAACUCCGUCUCUGGAUCGCCGCCGGUGAGCUGUGUAGUGGCUGAUGGAGUGAUGACUUUUGCACAGAGAGUGGCGGAGGAGAUGGGGAUCCCCUCCGUCGUGUUCUGGACGACGAGUGCUUGUGGGUUCAUGGCGUAUCUUCACUUUGCUGAGCUGAUAAAAAGAGGCUAUGUUCCACUUAAAGAUGAAAGCUACCUAACCAACGGCUAUCUCGAAACACCAAUAAGCUGGAUCCCCAGCAUGCCAGGCAUCCGCCUCAAAGACUUCCCCAGCUUCAUCCGCACCACCGACCCUAACGAUAUCAUGCUAAAUUUCGAUGGAAACGAAGCUCAGAACGCCCGCACCGCCCGCGGCCUCAUCCUCAACACCUUCGAUGAACUGGAAGACUCUGUCAUCCAAGCGCUCAACUCCAUUUUCCCAAAUCUCUACACCAUUGGUCCCCUCCCUCUCUUCAUCUCCCAACAAACAACAAAUAACAGCUCCAUCAGCUCCAAUCUAUGGAAAGAGGACCUCAGCUGUCUCCAAUGGCUGGACAAACAGGAAGCUUGUUCUGUUCUGUACGUCAACUUCGGCAGCAUAACGGUGGUCACGGGAGAUCAGCUUAGGGAAUUUGCGUGGGGUUUGAAAAACAGUGGUAUCCCCUUCUUGUGGAUAAUGAGGCCGGAUCUGGUGCGCGGGGAGGAGAAGGCGGCCGUUGAUGAGGUUUUGGAGGGAGUGGAAGAAACUGGGAGAGGGAAAGUGGCGAGAUGGUGUGUGCAAGAGGAAGUGCUCGGGCACAGAGCGGUGGGAGGGUUUUUGACGCAUUGCGGGUGGAAUUCGACGAUGGAGAGUAUAUGUGGUGGUGUGGGGAUGAUUUGUUGGCCGUUCUUUGCGGAGCAGCAGACCAACUGUAGGUAUUUGUGUGGAGAAUGGGGAAUAGGAGCGGAGAUUGAGGGGGAUCUGAAAAGGGAUAAGGUUGAGGGGAUUGUGAGGGAGGUGAUGGAAGGGGAGAAGGGGAAGGAAAUUAGGGUUAGGGCGAAGGAGUGGAAGGAGAGGGCGAGGAGAGCGGUGGCAAUCGGGGCGUCGUCGUUUGAAGGAUUGGAGAGGUUGGUGAGUUUUCUAAGGAAUGGGUGUAAUUAAGUUUGUUAAAUGAUUCAUGAAAGAAAUGAAAUGGAUCAGUGGUUUGAAUUUAUUUUGCAUCAAUUUUUGAAGAGAUUAUUGUGUUCUGAGCUUGGAUACAUAGAAUCGUUCGGUUUUAUUUCCGUGAAGGUACUAAAAGAGCAAUGUUUUUCAUGAUCGUGCUUUUACUGUUUUUCGAUGUACUUUUACAAUGCUUUUAAUAUUUACAGAGAUAAAGUCGGAUGAUUCUCUGUC